GUAUAUUAGAGGCCAUGUGUUGCUCUUCCUCUCUCAGUCAGGCUUGUAAACAGUCAGAGUGUCGGGAAAGGAAGAAUCAUUUGCUGCUGCUGACCCACUGCUUCAGAAGUCAUGUCGGCUCUGUCCUUGUUGCUGGUCCUGCUGGCGGUUGCCUCCACCACCCUGAGCGUCAACCCGGGCGUGACGGUCAGGCUGACCGAUAAAGGCCUCCAAUAUGGGAAACAACUGGGCAUCGCCGCCAUGCAGGAGAAACUUAAAUCUAUCCAAAUUCCAGAUUUUUCCGGCUCAGAAAGAGUGUCUCCCAUUGGCAAAGUCCAGUACAGUCUCACAAACAUACGGUUGGUGAACGUGGGGUUGCCGAGGUCUGCGGUGGCUCUGGUGCCGGGGACCGGGGUCAGGCUGACCAUCGGAGAUGCCUUCAUGAAUCUGAAUGGAAACUGGAGGGUCAAGUACCUCAGAAUAAUAAAGGACAGCGGCUCUUUUGACGUGAAUGUCAAUGGACUCACAAUCAGCACGAGUGUCGUGGUGAAAAGUGACGCGACGGGUCGGCCGGUGGUCAGCAGUACCAACUGCGUAGCCAAUGUGGCCAGUGCCAAAGUCAAGUUCCAUGGUGGAGCCAGCUGGCUCUACAAUCUCUUCAGCAAGUUCAUAAACAAGGCUCUACGGAACGCUCUGCAGAAACAGAUCUGCCCUCUGGUGGACAAGACAGUUACCGGUUUAAACCCUAAGCUGCAAACACUCAACGUGCUGGCCAAGGUGGACAAAUACGCAGAGAUUGAAUAUUCCAUGGUGUCAUCUCCGGUUAUUUCACAAUCGUCUCUUGAUCUGAACUUGAAGGGUCAGUUCUACAACAUUGGGAAGCACCAGGAGCCUCCGUUCACCCCUGUAGCCUUUUCCCUUCCACCCCAGAACAACAACAUGUUGUACAUGGCCCUGUCUGCCUUCACCGCCAACUCUGCAGGUUUCGUGUACAACAAAGCUGGAGUCCUCAGCCUGUACAUCACAGACGACAUGGUUCCCAAAGGCUCUCCAUUCCGACUCAACACCAAAACGUUCGGAGUCUUCAUCCCACAGAUUGCAAAGCAGUAUCCAGGUCUGAUGAUGAAGCUGUUGCUGAGGGCUAAGAACAGUCCCACCAUCACUUUCCAGCCCAAAAAUGCAACCGCUGUGGCCACUGCCACGAUGACAGCAUACGCCAUCCAACCCAACGGCACACUUUCCCCUCUUUUCGUCCUGAACUUGGAAAGCAGCGUGAGCGCCGACGUGUACGUCAGAGGACUGAACAUUGCCGGACGCCUCACUCUCAACCAGAUGAAACUGUCUGUAGGAACCAGCUAUGUGGGACAGUUUCAGGUCAGCGUCCUUGACAGUGUGCUCCGAAUGGUCCUCAAAGUGAUAGUGAUACCCAUAGUUAAUGUUCAACUCGAUAAGGGUUACCCGCUUCCUGCACUUGGAAAAAUGAACCUUGUGAACCCCCAGCUUCAAAUAAUGAAGGAUUACAUGCUGAUCGGGACAGAUGUUAACUUCACGGAUUGAACUGCAAAGAACCAAAGACAAGUAGAAUACACUGUUUUUUUUUCCCUUUUUUUAUACCGUUGUCAAAACCAUUUUCAUUUUGGAGUUGUUUUUCUACAUUUGCUUGAUUUUUUUUUUUUUUCUCU